AUGGAUAAUAAUAAUAUCUACAGUCCGUUCCGGGAUCCGGGGUUCUCCGACGAGGAAUCGGUGGCGGCGAUGCAGCUGGCGUCGAGCUACCCGAAGAAGCGGGCGGGGAGGAAGAAGUUCAGGGAGACGCGGCACCCGGUGUACCGCGGCGUCCGGAGGAGGAACUCCGGGAAGUGGGUCUGCGAGGUCCGGGAGCCCAACAAGAAGUCCAGGAUCUGGCUGGGGACUUUCCCCACCGCCGAGAUGGCCGCCAGGGCCCACGACGUCGCGGCCCUGGCCCUCAGGGGGAGGUCGGCCUGCCUCAACUUCGCCGACUCGGCCUGGCGGCUGCCCGUCCCGGAUUCCGCGGAUGCGAAAGGGAUCCAGAAGGCGGCUGCCGAGGCCGCCAUGGCGUUCCGGCCUGCCGACGAUGAUGAUCGGGUGGGAGGAGAGAAGGGGGGCGAUCAAGUGACGGCGGCGGCGGCGGCGGCGGAGGCAGGGGAGGAAGGGGUUUUUUACAUGGACGAGGAGGCGGUGUUUGGGAUGCCGGGGUUGUUGGCGAAUAUGGCGGAAGGGAUGUUGUUGCCGCCGCCGCCUCCUCCGCCGCCGUCCCGGGAGGAGGAUGAUGACUUGGCAGCUGACGUAUCGCUGUGGAGUUACUCUAUUUGA